AUGGGGAACACCGAAGCCGAAGAUGCCGUGGCCAACCACGUGUCUGGCCAGGCUAACAAGCCGCUUUCUCGCCCUGCCCACGGCCUGACUAUCGAACAGACCGUUGAGGAGCUCAAGGCCAACACCGAUGAUGGCCUGACCACGGCCGACGCUAAGGCUCGCCUCGAGGACUACGGCCGCAAUACCUUUGGCGAGGAGAAGGGUGUCCAACCGAUGAAGAUUCUCGUCGCCCAGGUUGCCAACGCCAUGACUAUGGUGCUUAUUCUUGCCAUGGCUGCAUCGUUCGGUAUUGAGGCCUGGAUUGAGGGUGGUGUCGUAGCAGGCGUCAUCCUCCUCAACAUUGUUGUCGGCUUCCAGCAGGAGUUCAAGGCCGCCAGGACCAUGGACUCACUCCGUUCCCUCUCAUCGCCCACUGCCUCCGCCGUGCGUGAUGGCUCUAACGUCACUGUCCCCACCGUCGAGAUCGUCCCUGGCGACAUGGUCGAGCUCAAGACUGGUGACACCAUUCCCGCUGAUGUCCGUCUGAUCGAGGCCGUCAACUUUGAGACCAACGAAGCUCUGCUCACGGGCGAGUCCCUGCCCGUUCGCAAGGAACCUACCCGGACCUUCGAGGAUGACACCGGCCCGGGUGACCGCUUGAACGUUGCCUACAGCUCGUCCACUGUCACCAAGGGGCGUGCUCGCGGCAUUGUCUUCGCCACUGGCAUGUUCACCGAGAUUGGCCAGAUCGCCGCCGCCCUACGCGGUAAGAAGUCGCGCCGCCGCCCCGUCAAGCGCAAGGAGGAUGGAUCCGCCUCGAUUGGUCGCUAUAUUCAGGCUGGCAUCCUGACCGUCUACGACGCUAUGGGUGUCUUCCUCGGCGUCAAGGUCGGAACGCCUCUACAGAAGAAGCUGGCCCAGCUUGCCCUGCUUCUGUUCGGUAUCGCCAUUGUCUGCGCUAUCAUCGUCUUGGCUGCGAACGACUUCCGUACCCAACAGGAAGUCAUUAUCUACGCUGUCGCCACCGGUAUCUCCAUGAUUCCGGCUUCCCUGGUCGUCGUCUUGACCAUUACCAUGGCUGCUGGUACUAAGCGCAUGGUGGAGCGUAAUGUCAUCGUCCGUAACCUCAAGUCGCUCGAGGCUCUUGGUGGUGUCACAAACAUUUGCUCCGAUAAGACUGGCACUCUGACCCAGGGCAAUAUGAUCGUCCGUAAGGCCUGGAUUCCCGGUAUUGGCACUUACUCGGUGAAGGACGCCACCGACCCUUUUAAUCCCACGAACGGUUACCUUUCGACCCGCCCGGACCAGCCCAAGGACAUCGCGUUUUUCGCCGAGGACGCUGAGGGCACCCCGAUUGAGAACCCUGCGCCUCUGAUUACCAGCAACACGGCAAUGGAGACGUACUUUAACGUCGCCUCUCUCGCCAAUCUUGCCACUGUCCAUCAGAGCAAGGAGGGCGGGUGGCAUGCCCGUGGCGACCCCACUGAGAUUGCCAUUCAGGUAUUUGCCUCUCGCUUCAACUGGAAUCGCCUGCGGCUCUCGGGUGAGGGCAAGCAGUGGGUGCAGGUCGCCGAGUUCCCCUUCGAUUCCGACGUUAAGAAGAUGUCCGUCAUCUUCACCGACACCAACGCCAACAAGAACUGGCUAUUUACCAAGGGCGCUGUCGAGCGCGUCAUCUCGUCCUGCCCUACUAUCCGGAUCGGUGACGAUGUGGUCGAGCUUACCAAGGACAUCGAGGACGACAUCCUCAAGAACAUGGAGUCGCUUGCCCGUCUGGGUCUGCGAGUGCUGGCUUUUGCCACGCGGGAGGAUGUCGGCGACGUCGAUGGCCACGAGAACCUGGACCGUAACCUGUUCGAGAAGGAUCUGACUUUCCGUGGUCUGAUCGGACUGUACGACCCGCCUCGUGUCGAGUCUGCGCCCUCUGUUCGGAUGUUCCACGAGGCCGGUGUCAACGUUCACAUGUUGACCGGUGAUCAUCCCGAGACUGCCCGUGCCAUUGCGCUUGAAGUCGGUAUUCUGCCUCCUCGUAUGAACGAGAUUGCGGCCGAUGUCGCCAAGACGAUGGUGAUGUCAGCCACCGACUUCGACAAGCUGACCGAUGAUGAGAUUGAUAAGCUGCCUCGGCUUCCCCUGGUCGUCGCUCGUUGCGCCCCCCAGACCAAGGUUCGUAUGAUUGAGGCUCUGCAUCGUCGUGAGCGCUUCGUUGCCAUGACGGGUGACGGUGUGAACGAUUCUCCCUCGCUGAAGCGUGCCGAUGUCGGCAUUGCCAUGGGUCAAGCCGGCUCGGACGUCGCGAAGGAAGCCUCCGACAUUGUGCUCUCGGACGACAACUUCGCUUCUAUUCUGAACGCCGUCGAGGAAGGCCGCCGUAUGUUCGACAACAUCCAGAAGUUUGUGCUGCACGUCCUGGCCCAGAACAUCGCCCAGGCUUGCGUUCUGCUUAUCGGGUUGGCCUUUAAGGAUGAUGACAACCUGUCCGUCUUCCCUAUCUCCCCCGUGCAGGCCAUGUGGAUCAUUAUGAUCACUUCUGGUCUGCCCGAUAUGGGUCUCGGCUUUGAGAUUGCUGCCCCUGACGUCCUGCAACGUCCUCCCCAUGACAUGAAAUACGGCGUCUUCACCCCCGAGCUCCUGUGCGACAUGGUGGUGUACGGUCUGUGGACUUCUUCUCUCUGCAUGGGUUCUUUCCUGGUUGUCAUGUUCGGGUUCGGCGACGGCCAGUUCGGAGCCAACUGCAACCGCGACUACUCGCCUCAGUGCGAUACUGCGUUCCGUGCUCGUGCCACGUGCUUUGCGUCUCUCACCUGGCAGUCGCUCUUUCUUGCCUGGGAGAUGAUUAAUAUGCGCCGGUCCUUCUUCCGCAUGGUUCCCAACAGCAAGCGGUACUUCACCCAGUGGAUGGUUGACGUCUGGCGUAAUAAGGUCCUCUUCUCGGCUGUCGUUUUCGGCUUCCUUACUGUGUUCCCCCUGAACUAUAUCCCCGUCCUGAACCGAGUCGUGUUCAAGCACACCGCGAUCUCGUGGGAGUGGGCGGUCGUCUUUGUCGCGGCGGUCUUCUUCUUUAUCGGCGUCGAAUUCUGGAAGUGGCUUAAGCGUGUCUUCUUCCGCCGCCAGAAUCGUAAGAAGACUGGCGGGACUAGGGACGUCGAGUCGCGUGUCUUCGGUGUGUACUACGAGCUCGGCGGCGUCGAUUUGAGCAAGUCACCGUCGAGCCCGAGCAGCGGUGGUGAGAAGGAGGCUGGCGAGAAGACGACCCCGGAAGCGGACAAGAAGACCGCGGCCGACGUGGUGUGA